AUAUUCCCGAAAACAGCGACGACCAAUCCAACUGAGACCACGCUUUACCCAUUGCAGAUGAUAAAGGAAGAGCAACCUUCGAUCAUUCGAUACGUUACCUGAGGCCGAGGGGAGGGGGAGGUGCCCUCUCUCAUUCUCCCUUUUUCUCUCUACGCGGAGAGAAAAUGUUGGUUUGCCGCAGAGAAAUGGUGCAGGUGGUUGCUGUGGUCGUCUUCCUCAAUCUCAUCCCUCUCUCUCCAGCCAUGGCCGCCGGCAUCAGAGCUGCAUACUGGCCUUCCUGGACCAAUUCCUACGCCCCCCCAUCAUCCCUCAACACCACUUUCUUCACGCACCUUUACUACGCCUUCCUUGACAUGGAUCCCUCAACCUUCCAGCUGAUCGUCUCGCCGUCUCAGGCCGCCCUGCUCUCCCAAUUCACAACAGCUCUUCGGGGCAGCAACCCACCUCCCAAGACCCUCCUCUCUAUCGGCGGCGGGGGGGCAAGUCCGGCCGCCUACGCCCUCAUGGCCAGCAACUCCUCAUCCCGCAAGGCAUUCAUCGGCUCCACGAUCUCCACCGCUAGGAAAUACAGCUUCGAUGGCCUCGAUCUCGAUUGGGAAUUCCCGAGGACUCCCCAAGAGAUGCAGAGCCUCGCGGAGCUUCUUCGCGAGUGGCGGUCGGCGGUCGAAGAGGAGGCGACCGCCUCCGGCCGGCCGCGCCUUCUUCUCACCGCAGCCGUAUACUUCUCGCCUCGAUUUUGGCUCAGUAAUGCCCCCAGGGAGUACCCGGUGGGCGCGAUGGGGGAAAACCUCGACUGGGUGAGCCCGAUGUGCUACGACUACCACGGCUCGUGGGAUACGUCGGCGACCGGAGCGCCGGCGGCGCUCUACGAUCCGAGGAGCAACAUCAGCACCAGCUACGGGAUCGAGUCGUGGUUGAGGUCGGGAAUGCCGCCGGGGAUGAUCGUCAUGGGACUGCCGAUGUACGGCCGAACGUGGACGCUGAGGGAUGCUGGGUCGACUGGGGUGGGCGCGGCGGCGGUGGGCGUGGGACCCGGGAACGGGGUGCUGACCUACUCGAAGGUUGUGGAAUUCAACAGGGAGAAGAAGGCGACGGUGGUGUAUGAUGGGCCCACCGCGUCCACGUACUCCUACGUGGGGACAGCGUGGAUUGGAUACGAUGACGUGGCAUCCAUCGCUGAGAAGAUCAAGUUUGCCCUGGCCCACCGCUUGGGAGGGUACUUCUUCUGGGCCGCUAGCUACGACGACCAGAAUUGGACGCUGUCAAGACAAGCUGCAGUGACUUGGGGUAGCUAAUGCCAAAUACGAACAGGUAACGUGGUCUAAGCUCUUCACUCUGCACGCAUGCUUGAGUUAUUACAUAGUCUGUACUACCAUACAUCAGGUCAAGAUUUUAUCCGAAGAAAUCCAAAAUCUUUGGAGAUCCAUAUUGUUUUAUAAGAGAAAUCUUAUGGGGCAUGUAACCAUCCCCAUAAAUGUAAUCAUAUUGUAACUGCAAAACUAUAUUGCUUACUUUGAACUUCUAUCUUAAUCAAUUUGAACCUUGGCACAA